AUGGACGACCUGCGGGUGCUGUGGGUGCGAGACCGCGUGUACAGGGCCUUCGGCCUCACAGACCCCCGGCUCUUCGAGGACCUGUUGACCCGCGACGACGGCGAGGCCGAGGACCUCAUCCUGCACUUCCUCAACAGGGUCAGCGACGAGGAGGCCGCCGCCACGCUCUUCUUCUACCGCACGGUGGUGCCCGAGGAAGUGGAGGUGGAGGCCGCGCCCCAGCGGCCAGGCGGCUCUAGUGUGGCCCAGGGCUCCGAGCCGGCGGCCAGAGGCGCUCCCCAUAAACGGAUCCCCGGGGCGGAGCCGAAGCUGGGCUGUGCGUGGUUGGCCUGCCCGGUGCCAAAUGAGGGUGCCCUGGGCUGCCUGAAAAUUGUUAAACACGUUGUGGAAAAGAUGUAUCUCCACGUGCUUUGCACUCCUGUUCCUGAGGGGUUUCUGGACCAGAAUGUGGUAUUCUUUCUGAGAAAUACAAAAGAGGCGAUCUUGGAAGCCAGCGACAUGAAGGAAGCGAUGGAGACUAUGCCCGAAAUGCUGGAGUACGGGGUCAUCAACGCAAAUGUGCUUCCUCUUCUGAAAGAGGUCAUAUGCCAGGUGUUCUUGCCAGCUCUGUCCUUCAGUCAGUACAAGGAUGCAGCCAUGGGGUUCACGGCCGGAGAAACCCCCGGCCACUCGGAGCAUGAGAUGGAACCGCCUGCUCUGCCUGGCGAAGCGGUGGAAUACCACAGCAUUCAGUUAGUACGGGACGAAUUUUUAAUGAAUGUCCAGAAAUUUGCCAGUAGCAUACAGAGAACAAUGCAGCAGCUCGAAGGUGAGAUCAAGUUAGAAAUGCCCAGCAUCAGUGUGGAGGGCGAGGUGUCCGCGCUGGCGGCUGACCCGGAAACGGUGGAGACCCUGGAGCAGAGUGUGAUCAGCUGGCUGGGUCAGAUAACCGCGGCCAUGGAGGGCCAGCUGAAGAAGACGCCGCAGGGUAACGGCCCUCUGGCCGAGAUUGAAUUCUGGAGGGAAAGAAACGCAACUCUCAGCGCACUCUAUGAGCAGGCCAAGCUUCCCGUGGUCAGAAAAGUCUUGGAGGUGAUCAAGGAAUCAGACUCCAUGAUCGUGGCCAACCUGCAGCCGGUCUUCACGGAGCUAUUCAAGUUGCACAUGGAGGCCUCGGACAACGUGCGGUUCCUCUCCACCGUGGAACGCCAUUUCAAGAACCUCACGCACGGGUCUGGCUUUCCCGUUGUCCUGGAGACCAUCCCGUCCAUGAUGAGCGCGCUGAGGAUGGUGUGGAUCAUCUCCCGGCACUACAACAAGGACGAGAGGAUGAUCCCGCUCAUGGAGCGCAUCGCCUGGGAAAUCGCCGAGCGAGUCUGCCGAGUGGUGAACCUGCGCACCCUGUUCAAGGAAAACCGAGCGAGUGCACAGCACAAAACCAUGGAGGCCAAGAAGACCCUCAUCACAUGGAAAAAGGCCUAUUUUGACACCAGGGCCAAGAUCGAGGCUUCGGGGCGAGAAGCCCGGUGGGAGUUUGACCGGAAACGGCUGUUUGAGCGGACGGAUUACAUGGCCGGCAUCUGCCAGGACCUCUCCAACGUUCUGCAGGUGAUGGAGGAGUUUUAUAACAUAUUUGGUCCAGAACUCAAGGCGGUGACGGGGGACCCCAAGCGCAUCGAUGAUGUCCUGUGCAGGGUGGACGGCCUGGUCACCCCUAUGGAAACCCUGACAUUCGACCCUUUCAGCAUCAAGUCCUCGCAGUACUGGAAGUACGUGAUGGAUGACUUCAAGGUGGAAGUUCUGGUUAUUGAGAAGGAAGCAAAAAAUUUUAUUGAUGAAUCUUUUAAGACACUUCGAUCAGCUGAAGCAGCAUUUGACAUGCUUUUAAAGUUUAAGCAUAUUCGUUCACGGGAUGCUAUUAAUCGACAAAUGAUGAUGAAAUUUAAUGAUAUUCUUGCCCAGUAUUGCAAAGAGAUCGACACCGUUAAUAAAAUCUUUGUUCAGAACCUCGACAACCCGCCGCUGUACAAGAACCACCCUCCGGUCGCCGGUGCAAUCUACUGGGAGCGGUCCCUGUUCUUCCGGGUGAAGCACACCAUCCUCAGGUUUCAGGAGGUCGAGGAGAUGCUGGACAGUGACCGAGGACGCGAGGUGAAGCAGAAGUACUUGGACGUGGGCAGGACGAUGAAGGACUACGAAGACAGCAAGUACUGGCAGUGGCGCGAGGCGGCCGAGCAGCUGCUGCCGGUGCUCCUGAAGAAGAGCCUGCUCACGAAGAGCGCAAUCUGCGCCGACGAGGCCGGGAGCCCCGAGCGGGGUGUGGCUUUCGCCAUCAAUUUUCCGACUGCGCUCAGGGAGAUUAUUAGUGAGACCAAGUACCUGGAGCAGCUGGGAUUUCCCGUUCCUGAGUUGGCAAGGAACGUCGCUCUCCAGGAGGACAAAUUUCUUAGGUACACAGAGGGGAUUCAGCGCGUGCUGGACCACUACCACAUGCUCGUGGGGAUGCUGAGCGAGGCUGAGGUGCUGCUCCUCGACGACCAUUCUCAGGAGCUGCUGCGCGUGUUCCGAUCUGGGUACAAGCGCCUGAACUGGAACUCGCUAGGUAUUGCUGACUACAUAACUCGGUGCAGACAGGCCAUUGGGAAGUUCGAGUCCCUUGUCCAUCAGAUUCAUAAGAAUGCGGAUGACAUUUCUUCCAGGCUUACGCUAAUAGAGUCCAUAAAUCUCUUCAAAUAUCCAGCACCCAAAAGUGCGGAAGAGCUCCCGGGCGUGAAGGAAUUCUUUGAGCACAUUGACCGGGAAAGGGCCAAAGACAUGGACUACAUGGUCAGGUGGUACCUCGCCAUCGGGCCUCUGCUGACCAAGGUCGAGGGCCUCGUCGUCCACACCAACACGGGCAGGGCCCCCAGGCUGGCCUCCUACUACGCGCACUGGGAGAGGAGGCUGUACGAGGUCUUCACGCGGCUCAUCCUGAAGAACUUGCAGUCUUUUAACUCUUUAAUCCUGGGGAAUGUCCCUUUGUUCCAAACGGAAACCAUUCUGACUGCGCCAGAGAUCAUCCUCCAGCCCAAUGCAAAUGAGAUCAACAAGCUGUGCGUGCACUGCGUCCGGAAUUGCGUGGAGAUCACCAAGAAUUUUGUUCGCUGGAUGCACGGCAGCUGCAUAGAAUGCCCUCCUCAGAAGGGGGAGGAGGAGGAAGUUGUUACAAUAAGCUUCUACAAUGACAUCUCCCUGAACCCUCAGAUAAUCGAACAAGCUGUUAUGAUCCCCCAAAACGUCCAUAGGAUUCUGACCAAUCUUAUGAAGUACCUACAAAAAUGGAAGAAGUACCGCCCCCUUUGGAAAUUGGACAAAGCCAUUGUGAUGGAGAAAUUUGCCGCCAAGAAACCACCUUGCACAGCGUACGACGAGAAGCUGCAGUUCUAUUCCAAGAUCGCCUGUGACGUCAUGCGCCAGCCUCUGACGAAGGACGAGCACUGCGUGAGGCUGCAGCUCGGGCCCCUGGCCAGCACCGUGCAGGAGAGCGCCCGGUCCUGGGUGACCUCGCUGGGGCGGCUGCUCAACGAGUCGGCCAGGGAGGAGCUGUACAGCCUUUACGAGGAGAUGGAGAACCUUUCUAAAAACUUGAAGAAGAGCCCCAACACCCUUGAGGACCUCAAGUUUGUCCUCACAACAAUUGCGGAAAUCAGAAGUAAAUCUUUGCUCAUGGAACUCAGAUACAGGGAUGUCCAGGAGCGGUACCGCACCAUGGCGAUGUACAACCUGCAGCCUUCUGAUGCAGAGAAAGCCCUGGUCGGCAAGAUUGAGAGCAUGUGGCAGCAUCUGUUCAAUGACUCGGUGAAUGUGGACCACUCUCUUGGGGGCAUAAAGAGAACGUUCACAGAGAUUACUCGAGGGGAAGUGUCAAGCUACAGGCAGCAGAUAGAGGAUUUUGCAAGACGUUUUUAUCGUGAAGGGCCUGGCUCUGUUGGCGAAGACCUUGACAGUGGGAUAGAGCUUUUAGCCACUUUUGAAAGAGAGCUGGUGAGACAUGAAAAGAAGCGCCAGGAGCUGGCUAACGCCGAGAAACUUUUUGACCUUCCAAUUACGAUGUACCCCGAGCUGCUCAGAGUGCAAAAGGAGGUGGGCGGGCUGAAGGUGAUUUACGAGCUCUACGAAGGGCUGAAGCUUGCGAAAGAAGAAUGGUCUCAGACGCUCUGGAUCAACCUGAACGUUCAGUUUCUCCAGGAAGGGAUCGAAGGCUUUCUCAGGUCCCUCAGGAAGCUGCCCCGGCAGGUCCGGAGCUUGUCGGUGGCCUACCAUUUGGAAGCCAAAAUGAAGGCAUUCAAAGACUCGGUUCCUCUGCUUCUCGACUUGAAGCACGAGGCCCUCAGGGACAGGCACUGGAAGGAGCUUAUGGAAAAAACGGGCGUGUUUUUUGAAAUGACCGAAACAUUCACCUUGGAAAACAUGUUUGCCAUGGAGCUUCACCAGCACAAGGACGUUCUCAGUGAGAUCGUCACAGCCGCGGUCAAGGAGAUAGCCAUCGAGAAGGCCGUGAAGGAGAUCCUGGACACGUGGGAGAGCCUGAAGUUCACCGUGGUCAAGUACUGCAAGGGCACCCAGGAGCGGGGCUACAUCCUGGGCUCUGUCGACGAGAUCGUCCAGUGUCUGGACGACAACACUUUCAGCCUGCAGAGCAUCUCGGGCAGCCGAUUUGUGGGGCCUUUCCUGCAGACCGUUCACAAGUGGGAGAAGACGCUCUCUCUCAUCGGGGAGGUCAUCGAGAUUUGGAUGUUGGUUCAGAGAAAGUGGAUGUACCUGGAAAGCAUCUUCAUUGGCGGGGACAUCAGGUCGCAGCUUCCAGAGGAGGCGAAGAAGUUUGACAACGUCGACAGAGUUUUUAAAAGGAUCAUGGGCGAGACCUUGAAAGACCCUGUCAUCAAGAGAUGCUGCGAGGCCCCCAACCGCCUCAAGGACUUGCAUCUCAUCAGCGAGGGCCUGGAGAAAUGCCAGAAGAGCUUGAACGACUACUUAGAUUCCAAGAGGAACGCCUUCCCCAGGUUCUUCUUCAUUUCUGACGACGAGCUGCUCAGCAUCCUGGGGAACAGCGACCCGCUCUGUGUCCAGGAGCACAUGAUCAAGAUGUAUGACAACAUAGCGCUGCUGCGGUUCAACGAUGGGGAAAGCGGAGAGAAACUGGUGUCUGCCAUGAUUUCAGCCGAGGGGGAGGUCAUGGAGUUCCGGAAGGCAGUGCGGGCCGAGGGGCGCGUGGAGGACUGGAUGGCGGCGGUUUUGAAGGAGAUGCGGAGGUCGAACCGGCUCAUUACCAAAGAGGCCAUUUUUAGAUACUGCGAAGACAGAAGCAGGGUGGACUGGAUGCUCCUGUACCAAGGGAUGGUGGUGCUGGCCGCCUGCCAGGUGUGGUGGACGUGGGAGGUGGAGGACGUCUUCCACAGAGCGCAGGCCGGGGAGACGCAGGCCAUGAAGAGCUACAGCAGGAAGAUGCACCGGCAGAUCGACGAGCUGGUCUCGCGCAUCACUCUGCCCUUGAGCAAGAAUGACCGCAAGAAAUACAACACUGUCCUCAUCAUCGACGUGCAUGCCAGGGACAUAGUGGACUCUUUCAUCCGGGGCAGCAUCCUCGAGGCCCGGGAGUUCGAGUGGGAGAGCCAGCUGCGCUUUUACUGGGACCGAGAGCCGGACGAACUGAACGUGCGCCAGUGCACGGGGACCUUCAGCUACGGCUACGAGUACAUGGGGCUGAACGGGAGACUGGUGGUCACGCCCCUCACCGACCGGAUCUACCUGACUCUGACGCAGGCGCUGUCCAUGUACCUGGGCGGGGCCCCUGCAGGCCCAGCAGGCACGGGCAAGACGGAGACCACCAAGGACCUGGCCAAAGCCUUGGGCCUGCUCUGUGUUGUGACCAACUGUGGCGAGGGCAUGGAUUACAAAGCCGUCGGGAAGAUCUUCUCUGGCCUGGCGCAGUGUGGGGCCUGGGGCUGCUUCGACGAGUUCAACCGGAUCGACGCCUCUGUGCUCUCGGUCAUUUCGUCCCAGAUCCAGACCAUCCGGAACGCUCUGAUCCACCAGCUUGCCACGUUCCAGUUUGAAGGGCAGGAGAUCUCGCUGGACCCGCGCAUGGGCAUCUUCAUCACCAUGAACCCCGGCUACGCCGGCCGCACGGAGCUGCCCGAGUCGGUGAAGGCGCUCUUCCGACCGGUGGUGGUGAUCGUGCCGGACCUGCAGCAGAUCUGCGAGAUCAUGCUCUUCUCUGAGGGCUUCCUGCAGGCCAAGACUCUGGCCAAGAAGAUGACCGUUCUGUACAAGCUGGCGCGGGAGCAGCUUUCCAAGCAACACCACUACGACUUCGGGCUCCGCGCCCUGAAGUCAGUGCUGGUCAUGGCCGGGGAGCUGAAGAGAGGGUCUUCCGAACUUAAAGAGGACGUGGUACUGAUGCGGGCACUCCGAGACAUGAACCUGCCUAAGUUCAUCUUCGAGGACGUCCCGCUCUUCCUCGGCCUGAUCUCCGACCUGUUUCCCGGGCUGGACUGCCCGCGCGUCCGCUACCCCGAGUUCAACGACGCGGUUGAGCACGUGCUUGAGGAGGGCGGCUUCGUCGUCCUGCCUGUCCAGGUGGAUAAAGUCGUUCAGAUGUACGAGACCAUGUUGACCCGCCACACGACCAUGGUGGUGGGGCCCACGGGCGGGGGCAAGUCCGUGGUCAUCAACGCUCUGUGCCAGGCCCAGACCAAGCUGGGGCUGACGACAAAGCUGUAUGUCCUGAACCCCAAAGCUGUGAGUGUCAUUGAGCUCUACGGCAUCCUGGACCCUACCACACGAGACUGGACGGAUGGGGUGCUGUCUAACAUCUUCAGGGAGAUCAACAAGCCGACGGAUAAGAAGGAGCGGAAGUACAUUUUGUUUGAUGGCGACGUGGAUGCCCUGUGGGUGGAAAACAUGAAUUCCGUGAUGGAUGACAACAAGCUGCUGACCUUGGCCAACGGCGAGCGCAUUCGGCUGCAAGCGCACUGUGCCCUGCUCUUUGAGGUUGGAGAUUUACAGUAUGCCUCCCCUGCAACUGUGUCUCGAUGUGGGAUGGUUUAUGUGGAUCCUAAAAACUUGAAAUAUCAACCAUACUGGAAAAAAUGGGUUAAUCAAGUACAAAAUAAGGUGGACCAGGGAGACUUACAGCUUCUCUUUGAGAAGUAUGUGCCUUUUCUCAUCGACAUGAUAGUGGAGGGCGUAGUGGACGGAAGGCAAGGAGAGAAGCUGAAGACCAUAGUUCCUCAGACAGACCUGAACAUGGUAACCCAGCUGACCAAGAUGCUGGACGCCCUGCUGGAGGGAGACGUGGAGGACCCCGACCUGCUGGAGUGCUACUUCCUGGAGGCUCUGUGCUGCUCCCUGGGCGCAGCCCUGCUGGACGAGGGGCGGGUGAAGUUCGAUGAGUGCAUCAAACGCCUUGCCUCGCUGCCCUCUUCUGAGGCGGAAGGCGUUUGGGCCAAGCCCGGGGAGUUGCCAGGUCAGCUCCCGACCUUGUACGACUUCCACUUCGAUCCUGCUCAGAGGAAGUGGAUCCCAUGGAGCGUGCUAGUUCCCGUGUACGUUCACUCCUACGAGAGGAAGUUUAUUGACAUCCUGGUUCACACGGUGGACACAACCCGCCUCACCUGGGUGCUGCAGCAGAUGGUGAAGAUUAAGCAGCCUGUGCUCUUGGUUGGCGAGUCUGGUACCUCGAAGACAGCCACUACCCAGAACUUCCUCAAAAACCUGAACGAGGAGACGAACAUUGUGUUAACGGUCAGCUUCUCCUCCCGCACCACAUCCCUGGAUGUCCAGAGAAACUUAGAAGCAAGUGUGGAAAAGCGAACCAAGGACACCUAUGGCCCCCCCAUGGGAAAGCGCCUGCUGGUGUUCAUGGACGACAUGAACAUGCCGAAGGUGGAUGAAUAUGGCACGCAGCAGCCCAUCGCCUUGCUGAAGCUGCUGCUGGAGAAAGGCUACUUAUACGACCGCGGGAAGGAGCUGAACUGUAAGAGCAUUCGAGACCUUGGCUUUCUUGCUGCAAUGGGAAAAGCCGGGGGCGGCCGCAACGAAGUGGACCUGAGGUUUAUUUCACUGUUCAGUGUCUUCAAUGUUCCGUUUCCUUCAGAGGCAUCUUUGCACUUAAUUUAUUUCUCCAUCCUGAAAGGCCAUACCUCGGUGUUUCACGAGAGCAUCGUGGCCAUGAGUGACCAGCUGACACGCUGCACGUUGGCACUUUACAUGGACAUUGUGCAGGACCUGCCCCCCACCCCGUCCAAGUUUCACUAUAUCUUCAACCUGCGCGAUCUCUCGCGAGUGUUUCAUGGGCUGGUCCUCACCAACCCCGAGCGGUUCCAGACAGUGGCCCAGAUGGUGCGAGUCUGGAGGAACGAGUGUCUGAGGGUCUUCCACGACCGGCUAGUCAAUGAAGCAGACAAGCAGCUGGUGCAAGACCACAUAAGAGACCUGGUUGGGGAGCAUUUCCGCGACGAUGUGGAGGUGGUGAUGAGGGACCCCAUCCUGUUCGGAGACUUCCGGAUGGCCCUGCACGAGGAAGAAACGCGCAUCUAUGAAGACAUCCAAGAUUACGAGGCGGCCAAGGCCCUGUUCCAGGAAAUUCUGGAGGAGUACAACGAGAGCAACACCAGGAUGAACCUGGUCCUCUUUGACGAUGCCCUGGAGCACCUGACACGCGUGCACCGUGUCAUCCGCAUGGACCGCGGCCAUGCCCUGCUGGUGGGCGUCGGGGGCUCCGGGAAGCAGUCCCUGGCCAGGCUGGCCGCCUUCACAGCUGGCUACGAGGUGUUUGAGAUCCUCCUGAGCCGAGGCUACUCUGAGAACAAUUUCCGGGAAGACCUAAAGAGCCUUUAUCUGAAGCUUGGCAUUGAGAACAAAAAGAUGAUCUUCCUGUUCACAGACGCCCACGUGGCUGAGGAGGGCUUCCUGGAGCUCAUCAACAACAUGCUGACCUCAGGAAUUGUGCCUGCACUUUUCCCAGAAGAGGAGAAGGAGUCAAUCCUCAGUCAGAUCGGACAAGAAGCGUUGAAGCAAGGGACGGGCCUGGCCAAGGAGUCUGUGUGGCAGUACUUCGUGAACAAGAGCGCAGAUAACCUGCACAUCGUCCUGGGCAUGUCGCCUGUGGGGGACACCCUGAGGACCUGGUGCAGGAACUUCCCAGGUCUCGUGAAUAACACUGGCAUCGACUGGUUCAUGCCCUGGCCGCCCCAGGCCCUGCAUGCCGUCGCCAAGUCAUUUUUGGGGAGUAACCCGAUGAUCCCACCAGAAAAUAUCGAAGACCUGGUGGAACAUGUGGUUUCCGUCCACGAAUCCGUGGGCGAAUUCAGCAAACAGUUUCUGCAGAAGCUGAGGCGCAGCAACUACGUAACUCCUAAGAACUACCUGGAUUUUAUCAGCACGUACUCAAAAUUACUGGAUGAGAAAACGCAGUAUAACAUAGCCCAGUGCAAGCGUCUGGAGGGGGGGCUGGACAAGCUGAAGGAGGCCACCAUCCAGCUCGACGAGCUGAACCAGAAGCUGGCCGAGCAGAAGAUCGUGCUGGCCGAGAAGUCGGCUGCCUGUGAGGCCCUGCUGGACGAGAUUGCCUCCAACACAGCCACAGCGGAGGAAAAGAAGAAGCUCGCGGAGGAAAAAGCCAUAGAGAUUGAGGAGCAGAACAAGAUCAUCGCCGUGGAGAAGGCCGAGGCCGAGACGGCCCUUGCCGAGGUCAUGCCCAUCCUGGAGGCUGCCAAGCUGGAGCUGCAGAAGCUGGACAAGUCAGAUGUGACUGAGAUCAGGUCCUUCGCCAAGCCCCCGAAGCAGGUGCAGACGGUGUGCGAGUGCAUCCUGAUCAUGAAGGGCUACAAAGAGCUCAACUGGAAGACUGCCAAAGGCAUGAUGUCCGACCCGAACUUCCUGCGGUCGCUGAUGGAGAUCGAUUUUGACUCAGUCACCCAGAGCCAAGUCAAGAACAUCAGAGGUCUCCUGAAGACACUCAACACCACAACUGAGGAGAUGGAAGCCGUUAGCAAAGCCGGCCUGGGAAUGCUGAAGUUCGUCGAAGCCGUGAUGGGCUACUGCGACGUUUUUAGAGAGAUCAAGCCCAAAAGAGACAAGGUGGCCAGGCUGGAACGGAACUUCUACCUGACGAAGCGCGAACUGGAAAAGAUCCAGAACGAGCUGGCAGCAAUCCAGAGAGAGCUGGAGGCCUUGGGGGCCAAGUACGAGGCGGCCAUCCUGGAGAAGCAGAAGCUUCAGGAGGAGGCCGAAAUCAUGGAGCGGCGGCUGAUCGCAGCCGACAAGCUCAUCUCCGGCCUGGGGUCCGAGAACGUCAGGUGGCUGAACGACCUGGGUGAGUUGGUGCGCCGGCGGGCGAAGCUGCUGGGGGACUGCCUGCUUUGCGCGGCCUUCCUGAGCUACGAGGGUGCGUUCACGUGGGAGUUCCGCGACGAGAUGGUCAACCAAGUCUGGCAGAAGGAUGUCAUGGAGCGGGAGAUCCCCCUGAGCCAGCCCUUCCGGUUGGAAAGCCUGCUCACGGAUGACGUGGAGAUCAGCAGGUGGGGCUCCCAGGGACUGCCCCCCGAUGAGCUCUCCAUUCAGAAUGGCAUCCUUACCACCCGGGCCAGCCGCUUCCCCCUCUGCAUCGACCCGCAGCAGCAGGCCCUCAGCUGGAUAAAAAGGAAGGAGGAGAAGAACAAUCUGCGGGCUGCCUCCUUCAAUGACCCCGACUUCCUCAAGCAGCUGGAGAUGGCCAUCAAGUAUGGGACCCCCUUCCUGUUCCACGAUGUGGAUGAGUACAUCGACCCUGUGAUCGACAACGUCCUGGAAAAAAACAUCAAGGUCUCCCAGGGGCGCCAGUUCAUCAUCCUGGGGGACAAGGAGGUGGACUACGAUUCCAAUUUCAGACUCUACCUGACCACCAGGCUGGCCAACCCCCGCUACGCCCCGUCUGUGUUCGGGAAAGCCAUGGUGAUCAACUACACCGUCACACUGAAGGGCCUGGAGGACCAGCUGCUGAGCGUGCUGGUGGCCUUCGAGAGGCGUGAGCUGGAGGAGCAGAGGGAGCAUCUCAUCCAGGAGACGAGCGAGAACAAGAACCUGCUGAAGGACCUGGAAGAUUCCCUCCUUCGGGAGCUGGCGACCUCCACAGGGAACAUGCUAGACAAUGUGGACCUGGUGCAGACCCUGGAGGAGACCAAGUCCAAGGCCACGGAGGUGUCAGAGAAGCUCAAGCUGGCGGAGAAGACAGCCCUGGACAUCGACAAGCUGCGGGAUGGCUACCGGCCAGCUGCGCGGCGGGGCGCCAUCCUGUUCUUUGUGCUGUCGGAGAUGGCCCUGGUGAACGCCAUGUACCAGUACUCCCUGAGCUCCUUCCUCGAGGUCUUCGGCCUGUCCCUGAAGAAGUCGCUGCCGGACUCCGUCCUCAUGAAGCGACUGAGGAACAUCAUGGACACGCUGACCUUCAACAUCUACAACUACGGCUGCACAGGGCUGUUUGAGAGGCACAAGUUGCUCUUCUCUUUCAACAUGACAAUCAAGAUAGAACAAGGAGAAGGGAGAGUUCCCCAGGAAGAAUUAGAUUUCUUUUUAAAAGGAAACAUCUCCCUGGAGAGAAGCCAGUGGAGAAAGCCCUGCGCUUGGCUGUCCGACCAGGGCUGGGAAGACGUCAUGCUCCUGUCGGAGGUGUUUGCGGACCGCUUCGGGAGCCUGCCCAAGGAUAUUGAGGAACACCCUGCCGUCUGGCAAGAGUGGUAUGACCUGGAUUCGCUCGAGCAGUUUCCCUUCCCCUUGGGCUACGACCACAACAUCACCCCCUUCCAGAAGUUGCUGAUUUUGCGCUGUUUCCGUGUCGAUCGGGUCUAUCGGGCAGUGACCGACUACGUGACUGUAACGAUGGGAGAGAAGUACGUGCAGCCGCCGAUGAUCAGCUUCGAAGCCAUCUUUGAGCAGAGCACGCCCAGCUCGCCCAUCGUGUUCAUCCUGAGCCCCGGCUCCGACCCUGCCAGCGACCUCAUGAAGCUGGCCGAGCGCACGGGGUUUGGGGGAAACCGCCUCAAGUUCCUUGCCAUGGGUCAAGGCCAAGAGAAGCUGGCCCUUCAGCUGCUCGAGACGGCAGUGGCUCGUGGGCAGUGGCUGAUGCUGCAGAACUGCCACCUCCUGGUCAAGUGGCUGAAAGACCUGGAGAAGUCCCUGGAGAGGAUCAGCAAGCCCCACCCGGACUUCCGGUUGUGGCUCACCACGGACCCCACCAGGGGCUUCCCCAUCGGGAUUCUGCAGAAGUCCUUGAAGGUGGUCACAGAGCCACCCAAUGGGCUGAAGCUCAACAUGAGAGCAACUUACUUUAAGAUCCCUCACGAUAUGCUGGAUCAGUGUCCUCAUCCCGCUUUCAAGCCCCUGGUUUACGUGUUGGCGUUUUUCCACGCGGUGGUGCAGGAGAGAAGAAAGUUCGGGAAGAUUGGCUGGAACGUGUACUAUGACUUCAAUGAGUCUGACUUCCAGGUCUGCAUGGAGAUUUUGAACACGUACUUAACGAAAGCCUUCCAGCAGCAUGACCCCCGGAUCCCGUGGGGCAGCCUCAAGUACCUCAUUGGAGAGGUCAUGUACGGAGGGCGGGCCAUUGACAGCUUUGACCGGCGCAUCCUGACCAUCUACAUGGACGAGUACCUGGGAGACUUCGUCUUUGACACUUUCCAGCCAUUCCACUUCUUCCGGAACGAGGAAGUGGACUAUAAAAUCCCUGUUGGCGACGUAAAGGAAAAAUUCGUUGAAGCCAUUGAGGCCCUGCCACUGGCCAACACACCUGAGGUGUUCGGUCUUCAUUCCAACGCUGAGAUUGGGUACUACACUCAGGCUGCUCGUGACAUGUGGGCCCACCUGCUGGAGCUGCAGCCUCAGACAGGGGAAUCGAGCAGUGGCAUCAGCCGGGACGAUUACAUUGGCCAGGUGGCCAAGGACAUAGAAAACAAGAUGCCGAAGGUCUUCAACUUGGAUCAGGUCAGGAAGCACCUGGGGGCGGGAAUCUCGCCCACGUCGGUGGUGCUCCUGCAGGAGCUGGAACGCUUCAACAAGCUCGUCGUCAGGAUGUCCCGGUCCCUGGCCGAGCUGCAGAGGGCCUUGGCUGGGGAAGUUGGAAUGAGCAGCGAGCUAGAUGAUGUGGCCAGGUCCCUGUUUAUCGGGCAGAUCCCUAACAUCUGGAGAAAGCUUGCCCCUGACACCCUCAAAUCCCUUGGGAACUGGAUGCUCUACUUCCUGCGGCGGUUCAGCCAGUACACAUCAUGGGUCACCGAUGGCGAGCCCGGCGUGAUGUGGCUUUCGGGGCUGCACAUCCCCGAAUCCUACCUCACGGCCCUGGUGCAGGCCACCUGCCGGAGGAACGGCUGGCCCCUGGACCGCUCCACCUUGUUCACACAAGUGACCAGGUUCCGAGACGCAGAUGAAGUGAGCGAGCGGGCAGGACAAGGAUGCUUUGUGUCAGGGCUGUACCUGGAGGGCGCUGACUGGGAUAUAGAAAGAGGCUGUCUUGUCAAGAGCAAGCCCAAGGUGCUGGUGGUCAACCUGCCCAUCCUGAAGGUCAUCCCCAUCGAAGCCCAUCGCCUCAAACUGCAGAACACCUUCCGGACGCCCGUCUACACCACCUCCACCAGAAGGAACGCCAUGGGGGUGGGCCUGGUGUUUGAAGCCGAUCUCUUCACCACGAAGCACAUCUCCCACUGGGUGCUGCAAGGGGUGUGUCUCACCCUGAAUUCUGAUUGA